UAAGUGUCAUACCCUGCUUUUGGGUUGUCAGGCAGCGUCUCGUGUGAGUCAGUCAGUCGUGUUUUGAUAAUAAUGGGGUCCUUAUCAGUAACACGUACUUCUGUCAGUGAAAUAUGCAGUUUUGCUUCGUGUACACUUGCCAAAUGGGGCGCUACCGCCUCCAAGUCUAAAUAAGACAAUAAUACAAAGUAGACCUCCAUUUGAAGUGUGGCGGAAUCCAUUGUGCCUUGUUGUAAACAGAGAUGGCUGGUGGGUCAUUUAAACACUCGGUGUGCUGUUGUGUGAACAUGUUUUAAAACAAACAACACCGUGUUGGAAGCCUAAACAGUCAACGGUGUCGUGCCCGCGUACGGUGAGAUUUGCCAGUCGCCGGUAGUUUAUAAUUACUUGCCGAACAAUGCUAGCAAAGUUGACAGGAAGCCAUGCCUUGCCCACAAGCAACAUGGCCGUCGAGGAAGUCCACAUUAGCUGAGGAGGAAUGCGGUAGGCGGGGCCGCCAGGCUUGUGUCAAACUUUGGGAAUGACAGGAGUGCUGCAGGAUUCGCAAAGAAGGGAAAGUGUCGCCCUUGUUCCUGCUCUUUGGAUUACUUGGACUUGUUUUUACGCACAGCCUGUGGAGCCGACAUUUGUUCUUCGACACGGCGUACGCUGGCAACAGAUACCCCAGCAAUGUCGGAGGACCUGAGUUCCCAACCCUGGUCCAUCAACAAAGAUGAUUAUGAGCUACACGAGGUGAUUGGGAGCGGGGCCACCGCCGUGGUUCAAGCCGCCUACUGUGUGCCCCGCAAGGAGAAGGUGGCCAUCAAACGUAUCAACCUGGAGAAGUGCCAGACCAGCAUGGACGAACUCUUGAAAGAGAUUCAGGCCAUGAGCCAGUGCCACCACCCCAACAUUGUGUCUUACUACACCUCCUUCGUGGUGAAGGACGAGCUGUGGCUGGUGAUGAAGCUGCUAAGUGGCGGCUCGGUGCUGGACGUCAUCAAGCAUAUCAUCUCACGGGGCGAGCACAAGACGGGCGUCUUGGAUCAGGCCAGCAUUGCCACCGUCUUAAAGGAUGUGCUGGAGGGACUGGAGUACCUGCACAAGAACGGGCAGAUACACAGAGAUCUCAAAGCCGGGAACAUUCUUCUGGGGGAGGAUGGAUCGGUGCAAAUUGCAGACUUUGGCGUUAGCGCCUUCCUAGCCACAGGGGGCGACAUCACACGAAAUAAAGUGCGCAAGACGUUUGUGGGAACGCCGUGCUGGAUGGCGCCGGAGGUCAUGGAGCAGGUCAAAGGAUACGAUUUCAAAGCCGACAUUUGGAGUUUCGGGAUCACGGCCAUCGAACUCGCCACGGGGGCGGCGCCUUACCACAAAUACCCACCGAUGAAGGUGCUGAUGCUGACGCUGCAGAAUGACCCCCCCGGCCUGGAGACCGGCGUCACCGAUAAGGAGCUGGUGAAAAAAUACGGCAAGUCCUUCAGGAAGAUGAUCUCCAUGUGCCUGCAGAAGGAUCCGGAGAAGAGGCCAACAUCCUCGGAGUUGUUGAAGCAUAAAUUCUUCCAGAAAGCAAAGAACCACGAGUACCUUCACGAGAAGCUUCUCCAGAGAGCUCCCACAAUAUCAGAGAGGUCGAAAAGGGUGCGUCGCGUCCCGGGCUCCAGCGGCCGCCUGCACAAGACGGAGGACGGCGAGUGGGAGUGGAGCGACGACGAGCUGGAUGAAGAAAGCGAGGAAGGCAAAGCGGCCGUGGCCGCCCUCAGGUCGCCGAGAGUCAAGGAGGCCUCCCAGAACUCGGAGCUUUUCCCGACGCCAGAGCCGUUAAAUGUCUCGCCGCCUCCUCUUCCCGUUCCCGUUCCCGUUCCCGCUGCAGCCCAAGCGGAUCUACCUCAGGCCGGGGGGAACACGUUCCCACUGCAGCCCGCUCCCGUCGCCCCUCCGCGCACGGGACAGGCUGCAUCGCAAACGACAGGCGCUACCCCCGCCGCCGCCGCCCCCGCUGCUGUUCCUACGCAGGUUCCCGUCUCGGGGAGCAGCCCGACGGCUCCCAUCAGUUUGGUGUUGCGGCUAAGAAAUUCAAAGAAAGAACUCAACGACAUCCGCUUUGAGUUCAUGCCGGGCAGAGACACGGCAGACGGCGUCUCUCAGGAGCUGGUGUCAGCAGGCCUGGUGGACGGGAGGGAUUUAGUCAUCGUUGCUGCAAACCUCCAGAAAAUAGUGGACGACCCUCAAGUCAAUAAAAAUGUCACCUUUAAACUGGCUUCCGGAAUGGAGGGAUCGGAAAUCCCGGACGACAUCAAGCUGCUGGGCUUUGCUCAGCUGACGAUAAGUGGCGUUUAAGUGACGUUUAAGUGGCGUUUACUACCUUGGACCGUGACUUGCCUAAAAGAUGUGAACAUUUAAGAAACACAAAAGAAAGUAGAAAUCUACAGUAUAUUUAGAUUAUUGCAAUUUUUCUAUGGCUGUAAAGAAAAACCACUACUGCCAAAGAAAAGCGUGACGAAGGCCGCCUUGUGGAAGGAGGCGCUGACGUGUGCCCACGUGCCAAAAGAGAAUGGCAGCACACGCGUUUACAGCGUAUGUGGGGGGAGCGUGGAGGGGGGGGGUUAGCAUAGCAUAGCAUAUCAAUCAUGCAUUUGCACAAUCUCCACCAACACCCUGCAAGUCUACCAAUGCCUUAUGACAACUACUGUACCGCCACUCCAUGCACCUUCACGCCCUUUCACUUUCACUUUCACUUUCACUUUCGCUUUCUGCUCUUGCCCACCGGACACCAAAGUCACUAAAGGAUCCAUUUUUCCACACUUUGCGUUUACGUAGCAGACCGGUCGUCUUAGCUUAUUUUCAUGCUAGCUCAUGUCGCUUGCAUUUUUAUUUCCUGACUUGACUCGAUUCCUACAAACGGCGUAACGAUAGAUGGAACGCUGCACGCAAAAGGCGGGAAAUGUGUCCCCCCCCCUGCUGUUAUUUUUCUCCCGUGCUUUUAAUGCACUUGAAAUUUCUCAUACAUCUCGACAAAACACUCACUGUAACUUGACGCCGUUUAGCCGAAUCACGGUGAAAUUGGGCAAGCCCCUUUAGGGGACGGACAAGCACGUGCGUGUCACAUUUUAGCACCAUUGGUGGAAAAACAUGGCCGCCAUGAAGCAAAAGGGGGCGGGACUUAGCAAGUCGUUGAGCAUUUGUGUAAUGAUGAUGAUGAUCACGCUUGGAGGAUACGCGUAUGUCUCGUAUGCUGGUGCAUCUGGCAUUGUGACCCCCACCCACAGGGGGCGCAACUUAAAUGGUUUUAAUUUAAAUGUGGCGUAAAAACUACGGGGGGGGGGGCUUAAGUGCAUUCAUUCAUUUGUUGUCGGAAAAAAAGUACUUGAUUGAAGUGGUAGUUUGUACAUAAUCUCAAAUGUUUUUUUCUACUGGGUGUGUCACGCUUGGCCUUUUUUCUGGAUGUCCUCGAGGGGGGGGGGUAACGGCAUGAGUGCAGCUUCCAGGCGAUGCCUCCAGGGGGCGCAGUGGUUCGCUAAGCGUCGUUAGCUUUCAAGGAGAAUCAUCCACAAUCGUUAUGUGAGACAAACACAUGCCUCUUCCUCUUUUCUGUGUAUUCUAAAGAUACACAAACAGGUAAAAAGAGGCCACACGUAAUGGGACGCACCCGUAUCUUUAUAAGGCACGGGAAUGAGGAAGGCGUGUUCAUGGCCGACAUGAGGCUUGUGGAUGAAACCUUGGCGUCCGUGAAGGAGCAAAGGAUGCUUGCUAGUCUGUGACGUCUCCGCCCCUUUUAUUGGACAGGAAGUGUUUCUUUCAUGCUGUUCAAUUUUACACUCGCCUUAAGUCAAACGCUCCUCCUCAUCCUCAUCUUCAUCUUCCUUUCUACUACAUCUUCUUACCUGACCUACUUGCUGCCAUGCUGCUGCUGGUGUGUGUGUGUGUGUGUGUAUGUGUGUGUGUGUGUAUAUGUGUGUGUGUGUGUGUGUAUAUGUGUGUGUGUUGCUUGUAACCAACGGAGUCAUAGUUCUCAUCCUGUUUUUCAUCUAUCUCUUUUUGCGCAGGCAGUAAGUUGACAUGGUCAUCACGGCUGUAAUAUCAUAAUAAUAAUAAUAAUAAUAUUAAUGCUAAUAAUGAUGAUGAUGAUGAUGAUAGGUUUCCACUCUUUCUUUUGCUCUGUUUUGGUUCAUCUCCGUGUUCCAAGCAUGUUUCUCUUGUUGCGUGUUUUUAAUCAAUAAAGAAUGAGCACAUCA